AUGCAGCUUCCCCUUAACGAAGCUUUCAGCGGUAUCUUUGGGAGUAUAUCUUUAACAUCAUGGAUGUUCCUAAUAGUCCCCCAGCUUUGGGAGAACUUCCGAAACCAGUCAGCCGAAGGCCUCAGUACUUUGUUCUUGAUAAUCUGGUUAUUGGGGGAUAUCUGCAAUUUAACAGGUGCCCUUUGGGCUCAUCUCCUUCCUACUGUGGUCGCACUGGGGAUCUAUUUCUGCCUCGUCGAUUUCAUCAUGCUUGCUCAGCUCAUCUAUUACAACCACUACCGUCCGAAGAAACACUACCGGUUUUCACAGAAUCGCAGGACUGAUCAUGCAGGUCCAAGUUUAUCAGAUCCACUGCUCCCGGAUGCCGAAGCCUCGCGGGCAACAAAGCACUCGGGACCUCAACGCCGAGACAGUUUGUCCGAAGCGUUCUCAGAUAGCAGCCCAUCUAAAGAAGUUACUAGGAAUGCUAUAUCUAUCUUCCUGGUCGUAUUCGUCGGAACCACAGGGUGGUUUAUUUCCUGGAAGACGGGAGCAUGGGGCCUUCAAGGAGACACGCCAGACACGGAGGCUCCUUUAAGUGCUCUUAUCCUUGGAUACGCUAGUAGUUUCUUCUACCUCACGUAA